AUGGGUCCAUUUGAGGCUUCAUAUGAAAGGCGAUGUAGAUUACCCAUAGGUUGGUUUGAAGUGGGUAAAGCCGCAGUGAGUGGACCUGAUACUGUGUUUAAGCCUAUGGAGAAAGUUAAGCUAAUUUGGGAAAGAGUUUUGAAUCGUGUUGGGCAAGUAGCUUACGAGAUUGAAUUGCCUGCCGAUUUGUCACCUGUCCAUCCUAUCUUUCACGUUUUUAUGGUCAAGAAGAACAUUGGAGAUUCUGUUGUUGUUUAUCCAUUAGAAAGUUUCGAUAUUCAGGAUAACCUUUCGUACGAUGAAGUUCUGGUUGAAAUCCUAGGUUAUCAA